AUGAGGAGCUUAUACUUAUUGUGUAUCAUAUUAUCCAUAAGCUUAGUAAAAGGUAACGACCCUAAAGUUUUAAACAUAGCAUUGCCAGAUCGCAAUAUUUUUUUUAUUCAAGAACAUCCAAAUGAAAAUUAUACUCACGUCCAAUUUGAUCCACAAUCUGAUUGCAGAGUUACGACCGUUUAUGAUAGUGGAGCUGACAUUUGGAAAUCUGAUGGGUCCGAUAACACUUUUCUUUUGAGGGCAGAUGUUUUCUUUAAAAAAAGAGUUGCCCAAUUGGUCCAGCUGAAUAUUUACAUGGAAAGAAUAGAUAUAACUAAAUAUUAUGUGAGAGAAAGGGGAGGGAAAUUCGUUGAAAAGCACGAAGAUAUGUUCAAUGCUUGUAAACAAGCGGAUAUGUAUUUCUGCGGAGAUUUAGUACUAGAAUUCAAACGUGGGUUUAGUUUCAACUUUUUUAAAAAGGAAAGAAUUAUAGUAUUCGGGAAAAAAUUCGUAAAGUUUGUAACCGCUGAAGGUGUAGAUGUAGCCAGAUUGACGAAUGGGAGAGAAAUUAUACUUGAUAAUAUUUUGGACCAAUAUUUUAGCUACGUGAUUUACUUUCAUGUCGAAGGAGUCAAUGAGAUGAUUAAAAUUGUAGUAAAUGGUCUUGAUGGACAUUACACAUACCAUUACUACGAAUUUUAUGAUCAAGCAUGGAAUAGAUCUACUGCAUCAAGGUUGGAAGAGUUAUAUAAAUCACCCGAAACGGCUGAUGAGCACAAAGUUGAAGAGAAAUGGGAAGAAGCUGAUGAAACUAUACCAAGACCCGACUUAACAGAGUCUCUUGCAUUACCUCAUUCAGGUGAAGAUACAGGAGAUGUGGGAUCUGGUAAACUUACAAUACCAAAGGAUCCUCACAUUAAACAUCAUCUGGUACUUGGUUCACCUUAUGACACUGAAUUAUUUGAUGUGUCAGAUCAUCCUACAGAUGGGCUAGUUACAUUUAAAGUUAUUAUACCAGAAUUUAAACAUUUAACAAAGGUAAGCUGCAAUGGAUUUGAUUGGGUAAUCGACCCCUAUACUGAAAUAUCCUACGACAUGGUUACUGCCUACUUUUACAAAAAUACUUUUCAUUUGCUAAAAUUCGAUGUUACGAAGAUAGAUAAAAUUUUGGAAGUUGAUUAUAUCACGGUCUUUGAUGGCAAAUACAUUUCCAAAUCAAAGUACCUAGAAUGUCUCGAACGUUUGAUUGAAGCUGAUUCUGAGUCCCUAUCUGACCAGAUGUUUCUUUCCAAAAGUCCGACAACUGAUGUAUCAACGCAUCCAGAUUCAUCUGAAAGGCUUAUUGAAUUUGACUUAGAUGCUGUUAAAGUGGAAUCCUUGUACAUAAGGAGAUUUUCUGAAGAAGGUCAGAAUCCAUACUGGAGGUAUAGAACUAAAGAUGGGUACUAUAUAAAUAAAAUAACACUCAAAGGAAAGGAAGUUUGGAGAGCAUAUUUGCCAAAUGAAAGAGCAACUAAAGGGACUUUGUACUUUUUAAAUGAUGAACCGGGAUAUUUGAAUUUAACCAUUCCAGAAUUACCUCGCCCAAAUAAUAAUAUAACCAUUGAUCUUGUGUCAGGUAGAAAGAUACCGAAUUUCUCAAUAGAAGUUUUAAAAAGAGUUUUUAUGGCAUUUGACCCUGAAACUUCUCUUUCCUUCAACCUUACGGAUCCCAUUGACUACACUGUAUUUAGAAUUGAUAAAAAACAACACAGAGAUUUUGUUUGUCGGGAUUUUAGAAUUGUUGGUAGGAUAAUUUCCAGCGUCUUCCACCACAAAGACCAAGUUACACCAAGAAACAUGAUACCCUUUACUGACCUUCAAGUCUACUAUUAUCAGAGAUCUCCCAUAUUGUUUAUCGCUGAUCACAUUCUUUAUCCUCAAGUCUUUAUGAACGCAGCAUCUGGCUGGAGAACCUCUAACGUCUCAUCUCUGGAAAGUGAUUUGGAUGAUAUUAAAAGUUACUUGGAUGGUCCUCACUUGGGGACUUCUCGUUCUCUUUACCUUUCUUACGAAGAUUACCUUCCUACUAGUUUUGAGGUCGAGGUUCGCAAAAAGAAUCAAAUAACUUCAAAGACUUUUCUGCCCACCUUAAAGAGCCUUAUCACUUUGAUAUCAUGCAAUAAAGCAACUGUUUACGGUUCUAGUAGUUCGAUUUCUUCAGGUGUUAGAUUUUACAUAAAGGACGAAAGGCCUUACAAGGCUGAGGUCCACCGAGUUGUUGGGGAGGGCGUAAGCAAGUUAAUAUUUAAAGUUUUUGAUGAGACAAACGGAAUUCCCUCUUGGAAAGACAUCGACGAGGAUGAUUUUAAUAAAAUUUAA